AAAAGCAAAUGACAAAACUUGAUCCCGUUGAUUCGCAAUUCACUCUUUACCCCACGAUCAUCGAUGGUGACUAAAUAAAAACUAUCCUGAAUAACCCAAAACAUUCUCACCUUGGAGGAAGAUCAAUCUUGGGGGGCGUAUAUGCAUGCAUCGGAUAGGUAGCGCAUUCAAUUUUGCGCUCUCGUCAUCAAGGCUAUAUCAGCUAAAUCGAUCAACUCGAGCUGUACAAAGAGCUUUUCAGACACGACACCAACACAAUCUUUCACGUCAUUCAUUCAUCAUGUCUUCCAACAAGAAGGACACUCAAUCAAGUUUGGCAAGGCUUGCCGCUUUGGGCAGACAGCUGAUACCAUCCAAACCAUUCACAACCCAAGCAGAUCAGGCUGGCGAAGGAAAACAGGAUCAAGAACGUCAACUGCUUGGCACACUUCGAUUAGGUCCUUCAGUAGAAUUACCAGUGUAUGCUCCAAGCGAUCCAUCCAGACUGCCUGAUGAUCGUAUCUUGCUCAGUCUUGAGGAUCCUGUCACUGUCGAAAGUUUGGAAUGGAUGGCCAAAAAGUAUGCACUGGGUCAGGAUAUGUUCUUGCUUUCCCAACCUGGACCAUAUGCUAGACGUUUGGCGCUUACAUUCGCCGCAUUGCUGCAAUCGCCAUUCGAGUAUGUUGCAUUGCAUCGUGAUGUAGGUGAAGCCGAAUUACUACAAACAAGAAAUUUGGAAAAAGGAGGAAAUUUGAGCUACAGUGAUGGUCCAGUCGUCAGAGCAAUGAAGACAGGAGGAAUUCUCAUCUUGGAAGGUGUCGAAAGAGCAGAGCGAAACGUGCUUCCCUUGCUAAAUAACAUCCUAGAGAAUCGCGAACAAGAUCUUCCAGAUGGAACAAGUCUCGUACCCGCCAAUCGAAUCGAAAGAGCACGACAAGAAGAAGCUCUCAAAACCGGACAAAAGGCUUCCAGUAUAAGUAGGUUCCAAGCUGUUGACCCCAAUUUCCGGGUGAUUGCAUUGGGAUUGCCUACACCUCCUUACAAGGGAAAUCCGUUAGAUCCGCCUUUCCGUAGUCGUUACCAAGCAAGAUGGGUUGAGGGAGUGGUUCCAUCUUCAUUGGAAUCCAACACAGGCUUGGAAGGUCAAUCAGCCGAACUUGCAUCUGCAUUGAAGACGAGAUUCUUUGAAUGGGCUGCACUCCUUCGUUUGCAUGCAACAGCUGCCCGUGGGUCGGAUCUGUUGCCUCCCGCUUCACAGUUGCCCAAUGUCCCGUCUACGGCUCUCUCGCUAUUGGAUGACCUCAUCUCCAGAUUCCCUCCAGCUCAAGCUUUACCUGAGCCCCCGGAAAUCAAACUGACGGAAGAAGAACAAAAUUUGGUCAAUAUUACAAAAGCACCUCGAGAUGGUGCUUUGACUGUACCCGAAAGGACAAGAGAUCAAAUUCAAGCUCGCGAAGCACAACAGUUGAAAAAGGUACAAGAUGCAAAUAAACCUGCUGAAAAUGCAACACUUGCACCAUCAACUGUGACAGCUUUAGGUGCGGGUUAUCCAAUGCUUCAUACACUCGAUAAAGCAAAGCGUAGAUUAGCGACUGAACUCAUUUGGAGCUUAGGCUUGGACAAAGGUGUAGGAAUUGGAAGCGAAGAUGCUCUGGUCGGUACAGGUAUGAUUGGUUACAAAGUGGUCGCCAUUGAUCGUAUUGGCGAAAGAGAAGCCAAAAUAACCUUUGAACAAGCAUCUUCAGGUCAUCGUGCAAGUGGGAAUGUACCUUGCGGUCCUUUACCUUUUGCAACUUUGCCGCAAUUGAACGAUGUUCAAUCUACUGCUGGCGAUAUUUUAAUUACUCCUCGAUUGUACUCUAUCUUGAGUGCUAUGUUACAAUUGCACGCAUUAGGUCGUGAUAUUUGCUUAUUGCCGUCAGCUAUGGGAGCAUCAAGCGACGAUGCCGCUAUUCAAGCAAUGCAAGCAUCAUCAUCCACUUCUACUUCUAUUCAAUUGUUUGCUUCCCUCUUGGGUUACCGCGUGGAAAGCUUGUGGCUCUACAAAGACAUUGGUGGAACGGAAUUGGUCAUGAGACGUGCAACAACACCAGAUGGAAGUACGACUUGGGAGCCAGCUCCUCUUUUAAGAGGUGCUCUAGACGCAUGCGUUGUCCAUUUGGCAGGUAUUGAUGUUUUGGGUUACACCCUCGGAAGUCUAUCUCGCCUUACACAAGAUAGGCAAAUGGAGCUGUGGCUGGGAGGAAGAGCUGCUUUACCGGGAAGUAAAUUGCCACAAGUUGAGACCAAAGAUGAUGUUGGUUUAGGCAAACUUACUACGAUUGAUCCCAGCUUCCGAAUCAUUGCAACAACUGCAGCCUCAAAGUCUGACUGGCUCAACGAAGAGGCAUCAACUAUGUUUGGAUUCGUUCAGCCAAAUCCAAUGUCAGCCGCCGAAGAGAGAAAAGUGAUCGAGACUCGAACAAAUUGUCCACAAGAGCAGCUCGAUGUACUUUUGGCUUUCGCUGCAAGAUAUCGUGCGUUAAGCCGUGAUCCAUCUUUAGGUUUAUCGAAAUCUCGUAGGUUGGGCACUCGUGCUUUAAUACGUAUGGCAAACCGUAUUGCUCGCUUCCCAGAUUCCACAGACAUGUACACAUUGGUGGUGCGUAAUUUGUUGGUUGAUUUCUUGCCAAGAACAACCAAGGAAUUGGUACAAAGAGUUUUGGAAGAGAGUGGCUUGCGACCUAGAGGUGCAGAAGGUGCUUUCCAAUUCCGUCCGCAAGAGUGGUUGGCAGAUCCCGCUAUCGAGGGUGAUCAUUUGAUCUUUGAUGAUCAAAACGCAUCUGAUAUUGAACCUGUUCGUGUGCCAGUCUACAAAGUAGACGAAAAGGACGCUCAAGGUAAACAUCUCAUUCCAAAUCUUGGCAACUCAUUCUACAACAAUAAUACGCAAAGUUUGAUCUUACGCGAUCUUGCCAUUGAUUUGCAAGUGAUGGGUGAGCAUCUUUUGCUUAUGGGCAAUCAAGGUACAGGAAAGAACAAAGUGAUCGAUCGUAUCGUCGAAUUGCUUGGCCGACCACGUGAAUAUAUGCAAUUACAUCGUGAUUCAACCGUUGCUCAAAUUUUACAAUUGGUCGAAUUGAAAGAUGGUCAAUUACGCUUUUUGGAAAGUCCUUUAGUUCGUGCAAUUCGUUUGGGCAGAGUUGCAGUCAUUGAUGAAGCUGAUAAAUGCUCUGCUGCUGUUACGGCUGUCUUCAAAUCUUUGGCUGAACGAGGUGAAUUGACUUUACCUGAUGGUCGUCGUGUUAGGCCGAACAAUACGCCAGGCUCAAGUGAAGAUGUGGUGGUUCAUCCAGACUUCCGUUUAGUCCUUUUGGCAAAUAGACCUGGUUUCCCUUUCUUGGGUAAUGCAUUCUUGGAAGUUUUAGGUGAAGGUUUCUCUUGCUAUGCUGUUGGCAAUCCAGAUUUGGAAUCCGAAGUUCGACUUUUGAAACAAGCUGCACCAAGCGUUGAUGAAGGUUUGAUCCGCAAACUUGAUUUGGCUUUCCAUGAUUUGCGUGAUGCCUUUGAUGCUGGAUUGGUCACUUAUCCUUAUUCUUUGCGUGAAUUGCUUCACAUCGUUCGUCAUUUGCACAAUUACCCAGACGAAUCUCUCACGGAUGUGCUUUUGAACACACUCACUUUUGAUUUACACCGAUCGGAAGCGAUCAAAUUCGUUUAUGAAACUCUCCGACGACGUGGAUUGGAAGUGGAAGGUUUGACAUUAGCCGAAAUCCGUGAAAGAGCAGAAGAAAAGAAGAAGAAUGCAGGUAUGGUAGCAGGCAGGAUUGCUUUUGAUCCUAAAAAAGCAGGCAAAGAUACGAAUUUAUCCGAACCUAAAGAAGGCAAAACAGAUCCCGACAAUAAACCGCAUCAUGGUGGCAACCAAUGGAAAGGCGGCACGGGCGGUCGUGAUACAGCCGGAUUGGGAGGAAGGGGAGGAUUUGAGCGUCAUUACGCCGGUCAUGAGAUCAAACAGAUCAGCGAAGAUUUAAAGAAGGAUGUACCUGAUCACAUCAAGGAACAAGCUCGUGCUAUGGCCCAAAAAGCAUUGGCGGAAAAAUUGGCCGAUCAAGGUUUGACCGCUCAUGAAGGUGCAACAUACCAAAAGUACAAGAUGGAAUUGAUGCCACAAAUUCAACAUUUGGUCAAUGUACUAAACGAUCUUCAAGCUAAUGCAAAAGAACGUACAUGGCUCACACGUCAACAAGAAGGUGAACUUGAUGAACGUAGAUUGACAAAUGCUCUUACGGGAGAAAGGUCAGUAUUCAAACGUCGUCAAGAAGCUCCUCCGGAAAUUGGUGCACCACAAACAAAACCAAAGCGAAUUCGUUUCUUGGUGGAUCUCUCUGCAAGUAUGUACAGUAUGCAAUAUGACGGUCGUUUGGAACGUGAAAUCAAGACGAUGUUGAUGAUUAUGGAAGCAUUUUCACAUGUUCCAAAAGAGAAAUUUGUGUAUGAUAUCGUUGGACAUCACGGAGAAAGCAGUCACGUUCAAAUGACACAAGCAUCAAAGCCACCGGAAUCGAUUGGUGAGCGAUGGAAGGUUCUCCGUGAUAGUGAUGCAACGAUGACGUACGUCAUGUCUGGAGAUUCAACUUUAGAAGCGAUUGAAUGGUCUUGUCGUGAUAUUUCAAAACAAGAAGCUGAUGAUUAUUUCGUUAUUGCACUGUCCGAUGCAAAUUUGACAAGAUAUGGUAUCACGAUUAAUUCAUUGGAAAAAGUCAUGAAAUCAAAUGAAAAGGUAAAAUGUGCUCUCGUUUGUCUUGAUCGUGGUGAAGAAGGAAAAGAGUUGGCCAAGAGACUACCCGGAAAAGCCUAUCAAGUGCGUGAAAUGCGAGCAUUACCACAAGUUCUUUCUUCCAUCUUAACCACAAUGCUAGAUCAAUAGAUGGUUCAAUAUAGUUUUGUUGCCUUAUAGAUGGAAAUAUAGUUUAUUUAUUGC